GGUCUAUGGACCAAAGCCGUAUAAAGCUGUUAGUGAGCGUGUAGUGUUAUAAUUAUUGAAAUAAAUUAAAUUAAUUUCUACAAAUAAUAAUCAUGUGAGUCAAAUUUCGUUAUUGGAAAGUUUGAAACUUGGUUUAUAAUCAAAGUACAAGUUUUCAAGUACCGAUAAUAGAGAGGAGUCAUUGAAAAACGUUUUGCAUCGUAAAGCUAACCUCGUUAAGAAUGGCGGUCGGUUCAACAAAAGUUGUUCAGGUAACAAACAUUGCACCCCAAGCGACCAAGGAUCAGAUGCAAACACUUUUUGGCUAUCUCGGGAAAAUAGAAGACAUAAGAUUAUAUCCAACGAUUCGAGAUGUUGCAGUGCCGGUUCAGUCGCGCAUUUGUUACAUUAAAUUCCACGAUCAUGGCUGUGUUUCUGUUGCACAGCACAUGACAAAUACUGUUUUUAUUGACCGUGCUCUAAUUGUCAUUCCAUAUCAGAAUGGAGAUAUUCCUGAUGAACAGCGUGCUCUUGAAUUGACCAACAAUGGUACAAUUGUGCCAGGUCUUUAUCCAUCGGAGCCGAAACUCCCUGCAAAUGUGGUGAAUGCCAUCGAGGGAAUUCCGCCGAACCAUGUCAUCACGACUGUGGAUCCAAAAUUGGAAGCGAGUGGACUGCAAACAUAUCCUCAUUUGCCCGGACACUUGGAUAGUCGGAGAAUCGAGGAAAUAAGGAGAACACUGUUCAUAGGCAAUUUGGAUGUAUCGGUAACGACAGAACAAUUAAUAGAAUUUUUCGGUAAUAAUAAUGUGGAAGUAAAGUAUGGAAGAAUGUGCACCCGUGAAUCAGACACUGAACAUUACGCAUUAAUUGAACUUACCGAACAGACCUCAAUAAUCCCGGCAUUAAAAUUAAAUAACGAAGUGCUGGGCGAUAAGUCCAUUAAAAUAACACACUCGACCCAAGCGAUAUCGAAGCCCGAAGCUAAAAGUAACGAGGCAGCACAAAAAGAAAUUGAGGAGGCAAUGUCACGAGUUAAGGAAGCGCAUAAUUUAAUUUCCGCAGCUAUUGAUCCAAUGAUUGGUGGCAUGCUAUCGAAAGAUAAACGUAGUCGCAGUGGUUCACGUGGAAGGAAGUCACGAUCACGUUCACGUGGUCGUUCGCGACGUUCACGUUCCCGUAAACGUUCACGCUCCCGUCACAGACGUUCACGCUCGAGGCAUCGUCGUCGUUCCCGUUCACGUUCAAAACGACGGUCACGCUCCAAAGAGCGUCGAAGAAAAUCACAAUCACGCCGUCGUAGCAGUUCCCGAGGUCGGCAUCGUUCCCGCUCACGUUCACGACAACGAAGGUCGAGAUCAAGACGCUCACGUUCACGAUCCAAGGAGCGCAAGAAGAAAUCACCAAAACGACAACGCACCCGAUCACGCUCCCGCACACCACGCAGUAAACGUUCGAAAUCAAGGACAAGGCGUUCGCGCUCCAAGUCAAAGUCAAGAUCCUCAAAAUCAAAGUAUUCCGAGAAAUCGAGAGACAAGGACAAGGAUCAUGGACGCAGCAAGGACAAAUCCGAGAGCAAUGGAAAGAAGAGCGACAGUGACAAGAGCGAACGUAGUGAAAAAAAAUCCAGUCGUGAUAAGAAAUCCGAAAGGGAAUCAAAAUCCGACGAUAAAUCCCGCGCUGAUUCUGAAUAUCGCGAUAGCAAGGAAAGACAAGGCUCUUCAGAUUAAAUUAAUUUGUUUCCUUAAUCGAAGCGCUGAAUUGUGUGAAUUUUUAA